AUGGUGCGUCCGCCGCAUGUUAUGGGGCCAACAAUUCUCUGUGAGAAGGGAGUCCGCAUGGAAUCCUUCCUCCUACUUAAGGAAUAUCGAUUUAUGAAGAUGGAGCUGCCAAUGGGGACCGAGCUAGUACAGGGUCUGAGGGAGCGAAGACCUGUCAGUAGUCCUCAGCAGGGCAGUGUGGACCAGUGCCUACACCGCUACGAAGCGACAUCUGUUGGCACUUUCCACAUGCUUCCCCUCUACCGUGCUGUUGAGGCCAAACAACAACAACAGCAGCAGCAGCAGCAAGAACAGGAGGUUCAGCAGCAGCAGCAGCAAGCUCAGGACUUAACUGGGGGGAUGAAAAGAAAUGCCCUAGAUCCCCCCGUCGCUGCAGCGGCUCCUUGGUUGUCUGCAGCUCCCGUGCCUUCAGGCGUACAAUUUAGAAGCAGCAGUAGCAAUGGCAGCAGAAUUAACAGCAACAGAAGCAGCAACGACCGGAUGCUGACAACUGUGCACGAUCUUCGCUUUUUGGAAACGGUCUUGAGGCACCGUGAGAUUUCGGCUGCUCCUGCCUAUGCAGAGGCUGCAGCAGUAGAGACAAAAGCAGAAGAUGCCUCUGCAGCUGCUUCAGGGAGAGGAAGAGUUGUGGUGCUGCUGCUCAAUAGGCCGUUUCCUUCUUACGUACACUGUUUGCUUGAAAACGCAUCGCUAGUCGUCGCAGCUGACGGCGCCGCCAACCACAUGCUUCCCCUCUACCGUGCUGUUGAGGCCAAACAACAACAACAGCAGCAGCAGCAAGAACAGGAGGUUCAGCAGCAGCAGCAGCAAGCGCAGGACUUACCUGGGGGGAUGAAAAGAAAUGCCCUAGACCACCCCGUCGCUGCAGCGGCUCCUUGGUUGUCUGCAGCUCCCCUGCCUUCAGGCGUACGUACGCUAAAAUCAGCAGCAAGCGCAGGACUUACCUGGGGGGAUGAAAAGAAAUGCCCUAGACCCCCCCGUCGCUGCAGCGGCUCCUUGGUUGUCUGCAGCUCCCCUGCCUUCAGGCGUACGUACGCUAAAAUUGCCCGCCUGUAUAUGCGGAGAUUUGGAUUCUUCUACCACGGAGGUGCGCAGCAGAAGUAUCUUGGUCCUCUUAUUCGUUUUCUUUCUGCAGCCAUUCUAUUCGUCGAGGACGUAUAUAUAUGUUAUACAUGA